AUGGACUCUCUGCAACUCCAUCCUCUUCUACUUCUGCAUCCACGUGCAUCAUCACCAUCAAUAAGGCAACUGCGUUUCCCUUCUCCGUUAAUACUAAACUUUAGAAAUGUCAACUUGCGAUCGUUUUCUGCUCACGCUGGUGACGCUGCUUCACACGACGGGCCCUUCGCUUUCGAAGAAAAAAUUAUCUCGCACCCCAAAGACGAUAGGGCUCUCGUGCUGGCCAGAGAAACCGACGAUUUUGGCUAUCUCGUUGGCUUUCGCUUGAUUCCCGAGUCUGGUCUUGAAGAGUUUAUGAGUGUGCCACACGCAAUAGCAAGUAGCGGUGAGGUUGAAAAACCUGGGAUUGCGGUUACAGAUGAAGCGGAAGCUAAGACUAGAGUGUCCCACAACAUUUGUUUUGUGACUGCUGAAGCUGCGCCAUAUUCCAAGACCGGUGGUCUCGCUGAUGUUUGUGGCUCUUUGCCAAUAGCUCUGGCGGCUCGCGGGCACCGUGUGAUGGUUGUCACGCCAAGAUACAUUCAUGGUACUGCUGAGGAUGAUAAGUUUGCUGGGGCAGUUGAUCUGGACCGAUGCACCAAAGUGAUGUGCUUUGGAGGUGCUCAAGAAGUUGGCUUUUUCCAUGAGUUUAGGGAAGGGGUUGAUUGGGUAUUUGUGGACCACCCCUCGUUUCAUAGACCAGGGAAUCCGUAUGGAGACAAGUUUGGUACUUUUGGGGAUAAUCAGUUUCGGUUCACUUUACUUUCCCAUGCAGCAUGUGAAGCACCAUUGGUGCUUUCAUUGGGGGGGUUCACAUACGGAGAAAAAUGUUUAUUCCUUGCUAAUGAUUGGCAUGCCAGCCUAGUUCCAGUACUUUUGGCAGCCAAGUAUCGUCCACAUGGAGUAUAUAAGGAUGCACGCAGUAUAUUAGUGAUACAUAAUAUAGCACAUCAGGGAGUGGAACCUGCAAUCACAUAUGCUAAUUUGGGGCUACCUCCAGAAUGGUAUGGAGCAUUAGGAUGGGUGUUCCCAACGUGGGCAAGGACGCAUGCUCUUGAUACAGGUGAAGCUGUCAACUUUCUAAAAGGUGCCAUUGUUACAGCUGACCGUAUUGUGACAGGCUAUUCCUGGGAGAUAACGACUAGUGAAGGUGGAUAUGGUCUACAUGAAUUAUUAAAUAGUCGAAAAAGUAUUCUCAAUGGUAAUGCAUUUGAAGAAAAUGCUAAUGUUACUUUCGACUUGUCAUUGAAUUUGUGUAAUCUCCCUCUACUUUAUUCUGUACAAGUAGUUGUGGGUCAAUGGAUCACAAAUGGAAUUGAUGUCACUGAAUGGGACCCGGCUUGUGAUAAACAUAUUGCUUUCAACUACUCUGUUGAUGACCUUUCCGGGAAGCCCAAAUGCAAGAUUGCUUUGCAGAAUGAAUUGGGUCUUCCAGUGAGGCCUGAUUGUCCAUUGAUUGGGUUCAUUGGAAGACUGGACUACCAGAAAGGUAUUGACUUGAUCCGCUUGGCAAUGCCAGAGCUCAUGGAAGCUGAUGUUCAGUUUGUAAUGCUUGGUUCAGGAAACCCUAUUUAUGAAGACUGGAUGAGAGCAACAGAGUCAGCUUAUAGAGAUAAAUUUCGGGGUUGGGUGGGAUUCAAUGUUCCAAUAUCUCAUAAAAUAACUGCGGGCUGUGAUAUAUUGUUAAUGCCAUCUGCAUUCGAGCCCUGUGGACUUAACCAGUUGUAUGCAAUGAGAUAUGGAACUAUACCCGUGGUUCAUGAAACCGGGGGCCUAAGAGAUACUGUUCAUAAUUUCAAUCCAUUCACUGAAGAGAGCAAAGAUGAAAGCACAGGGUGGACGUUUUCGCCACUAACAAAGGAGAGCAUGUUAGUGGCUCUAAGAUAUGCCAUUCAAACAUAUAAUGAACACAAGCCUUCUUGGGAGGGAUUGAUGAUAAGGGGUAUGACAAAAGAUUAUACAUGGGUAAAUGCUGCUACUCAAUACGAGCAAAUCAUUGAGUGGGCAUUCAUCGACCCUCCCUACUGCUGA